ACUCUUUGACGUGUAUGCAUGGUACCGUGUGUUUCCGGUAUAGCGUGUGUUCACAGUUAUCCAGCCUUUUCCUCUUGGGUUUCAAUAGAACAGUCACUUUGGACUCCCGGCUCCUUACCUAUUUCCCCCUAAACGGCGUAUCUAACUUUGUGGACAUGGCAUCAUCAGUUUCGGCACAGGCUCAGGCGAAUCCUGCUCCGGUUGCGGCGCUCCAGAGAGGAAUAGUCAAGAUGGUCUUGUCAGGAUGUGCAAUAAUCGUGCGGGGCCAGCCACGGGGAGGCCCGCCCCCGGAGCGUCAGAUCAACCUGAGCAACAUCCGUACCGGAGUGCUAGCUCGCCGCGCCCCCCAGAGCCAGCCCGACCAAAAGGACACCCCUGACGAGCCCUACGCCUUCCAGGCCAGAGAGUUCUUGCGCAAGAUGCUGAUUGGGAAGGAGGUAUGCUUCACAGUGGAGGUCAAGACUGCUCUGGGCAGAGAAUACGGCAUGGUGUACCUGGGCAGAGACACCACCGGCGAGAACAUUGCUGAAUCUCUGGUGAACGAGGGCCUCGCCACUGUCCGCAGGGAAGGAAUCCGGGGAAACAAUCCAGAUCAGGCUAGACUGUGUGACCUGGAGGACCAGGCCAAGGCCUCCAAGAAGGGCAUGUGGACGGAGGGCGGCGGCACCAACACCGUACGCGACCUCAAGUACAUAAUCGAGAACCCCCGCAACUUCGUUGACUCCAUGCACCAGAAACCUGUCAAUGCCGUCAUUGAGCACGUGCGCGACGGUAGCGUGGUCCGUGCCCUGCUCCUGCCCGACUACUACCUGGUCACGGUCAUGCUCUCUGGGGUCAAGUGUCCGACAUUCAAGCGCGAGGCGGACGGCACGGAGUCGCCAGAGCCCUUCGCUGCCGAGGCCAAGUUCUUCACGGAGUCGCGUCUGCUCCAGAGGGACGUGCAGAUCAUCCUGGAGAGCUGCCCCAACCAGGUCAUCCUGGGUACCGUCCUCCACCCGAACGGGAACAUCACAGAGCUGCUGCUGAAGGAAGGGUUCGCCCGCUGUGUGGACUGGUCCAUGGCCGUCUACACCCAGGGGGCAGAGAAACUCCGGGCCGGAGAAAAAUCUGCUAAAGAACGUAAAGUGCGUAUCUGGAAGGACUACGUAGCCCCCACAGCCAACAUGGACCAGAAGGACAGGCAGUUUGUGGCCAAGGUGAUGCAGGUCGUCAAUGCGGACGCCGUCGUGGUCAAGCUUAACUCUGGCGAGUACAAAACCAUCCACCUGUCCAGCAUCCGACCCCCCAGGAUCGAGGGCGAGGAGAAGAACAAAGACAAAGACAAGCGUUUCCGUCCCAUCUACGACAUCCCCUACAUGUUCGAGGCCCGCGAGUUCAUGAGGAAGAAGAUCAUUGGCAAGAAGGUGAACGUCACGGUGGACUACAUCAGAGCUGCCACCAGCUCCUCAGAGACCAGCACCAUCCCCGCCUUUGCAGAACGCACCUGUGCCACCGUCACCAUCGGCGGCAUUAACAUAGCUGAGGCGUUGAUCAGUAAAGGUUUUGCCACAGUCAUCCGCUACAGACAGGAUGACGACCAGCGCUCAUCCCACUACGACGAGCUACUGGCUGCAGAGGCACGGGCAAUCAAGAACGGGAAAGGGCUGCAUAGCAAGAAGGAGGUCCCCAUCCACAGAGUGGCUGAUAUCUCUGGGGAAACACAGAAGGCCAAGCAGUUCCUGCCUUUCCUCCAGAGAGCGGGCCGCUCAGAGGCGGUGGUAGAAUACGUGUUCAGUGGCUCCCGCCUCAAACUCUACAUGCCCAAAGAGACCUGCCUCAUCACCUUCCUCCUCGCCGGUAUCGAGUGUCCGCGCGGCUCCAGGAACAUGCCCGGCGGCAUGCAGGUGGCUGAGCCCUUCAGCGACGAGGCCAUGGCCUUCACCAAGGAGCUGGUACUGCAGAGAGAGGUGGAGGUGGAAGUAGAGAGUAUGGACAAGGCUGGUAACUUCAUCGGCUGGCUUCACAUCGAGGGGGUCAACCUGUCGGUGGCGCUGGUAGAGAACGCCCUAUCGAAGGUCCACUUCACGGCCGAGCGUAGCUCCUACUACAAGACCCUGGUAUCCGGAGAGGAGGCCUCUCGUCUCAGGAAAGACAAGAUCUGGGCCAACUAUGAGGAGAAGAAGGUGGAGGAGGUGGUGCACGUGACGGAGGAGAAAGAGCGCACAGCCAACUACAGAGCUGUGUAUGUCACCGAGAUCACGGACACCAUGCACUUCUACACCCAGGACGUGGAGACAGGCACCCAGCUGGAGAACCUGAUGGAGACCAUGAGGGCAGAGAUCGCCGCCCAGCCCCCAGUGGAGGGCUCGUACGCCGCCCGCCGAGGGGACUACUGCAUCGCCAAUUUCUCCGCCGACGGAGAGUGGUACAGAGCCCGGGUGGAGAAAGUUCAAUCGCCAGCAAAGGUCCAUGUGUUCUACAUCGACUAUGGCAACAGAGAGAUCGUACCGUCCACGCGCCUGGCUGUCAUUCCCCCGGCCUUCAGCACUCGGACCCUGGCUGCACAAGCCACUGAGUACACCUUCGCCUACAUCCAGGUCCCACAAGACGAGGAUGCGCGUGCUGACGUGGUGGACAGUCUGGUGCGGGACAUCCAGAACACCCAGUGUCUGCUCAACGUGGAGCACAGCGGCGUCACCUGCCCCCACGUCACACUGCAGUUCGCCGACUCCAAGGACGACGUGGGCCUCAGCCUGGUCAAGGAGGGCAUGGUCAUGGUGGACGUGCGGAAAGAGAAGCACCUGCAGAAAAUGGUGACGGAGUAUCUCAACGGUCAGGAGUCUGCCAAGACUGCCAGGCUCAACAUCUGGCGCUACGGAGACUUCCGCGACGAUGACGCAGACGAGUUUGGCUACAAACUAAAAAAAUGAAAAACGCACGGCGCCAUUCCAAAGACCAACGCGGAAGACGAGAUGCACUCAUUGGACGAGAAAAAGUGACAGAAAACAAUUCAACGAAAAUAAAACAAAGUAAAGGACAAGCAUUGACUCUCUCUCUUCCUUUUAUUCCAUGUUCAUCCUUCCGGUCCUCUCUCCUGCUACUCUGUGCAUCCCUUCCUCCUCCUCCUCCUCCUCCCUCCUGACUCUGAAAGAGCAUGCUAUAGCUAUGAACUCAUAAAAACAGUGACUGUCCAAUCCUUCCUCUUCUCCACCCUGCCUGAGCCACUACCAGUUGUUCUUAUCAUGUUCCUUCCCCCCCGCUGCAGAGCUCCGUUAAUUGCCAUGUCAUCCUUUCAACACGUUUCCUGAUUAGUGACGUCAUGCGCCCACGUCAGCUAAUCAUGUGCAUCGCUACCUUACCCUAUCCCUACCACAGCCAAUCCCUCCUAUCCGUUGUACAGGAAAGGGGCUAGGCCUUGAGAAGGGGGAUUUAAGCAGAGGAUCCAUUCACUUUUAAUAUUAACAGCUUUUUGCAGAGAGAAACGCUUCCUUAAUGAAUGACAAGAAAUGAAUAAUGCUAUGUUUUAUGAAGUUUAUUUUAAAAAGCUAGCUGGAGAGCCACACCAACCGGACAAGCUUAUUUCUGUCCUUGAUGUAUACCUAUGUCAUAUGACGUUUAAUGACGUUUAUGUUGGGAGUGUUUUAUUCUCGUCUUUCUUCUCUCUCGUGGCCAGAACACCUUGACAAACAGCAUUUUCUCAUCUUCCUCCUCCCUCUUUCUGUAAUGUUUACAUAUGAUGGUGACAUGAUGAUCUCUCUCUCUCUCUCUCUCUCUCUCUCUCUCUCUCUCUCUCUCUCUCUCUCUCUCUCUGUCUCUCUGUCUCUCUGUCUCUCUGUCUCUCUGUCUCUCUGUCUCUCUGUCUCUGUAUGCCGUAGCAGAAACAGUGUUUGAAUUUGUUUCCUUAUGACAGCCCUUGUCGUUGUAUUAAAAAAUUCUGCUGAAUAAAAAUGAGCAAAUGAUUAAAAGGCA